AUGCUCGGCGCCCUCAAACGCGUCACCAUCCCCUUCACCGCCGUCCGCAAAGGCGAAUGGAGAGGCAAAGGCUUCGGUCUCGGCCACGACCCCAAAGGCAAAGUCUUCGGCGUCCUGGGCAUGGGCGGCAUUGGCCAAGCUUGCGCCGCGAGAGCGAAGCCCUUCGGCAUGUCGAUACAGUACCACAACCGAAACCGCCUGCCGCCGGAACAGGAGCAAGGGGCGAAGUAUGUUUCGUUUGAGGAAUUAUUAAAGACCUCGGACGUGCUGUCGUUGAACCUGGCGCUCAAUGCCAAUACGCGGCACAUCAUCUCCACGCCGCAAUUCGAGAUGAUGAAGGACGGCAUCGUCAUCAUCAACACCGCACGCGGCCCGAUCAUCGACGAAGCGGCGCUCGUGGAGGCGAUGAAGUCCGGGAAGGUAUCUGCUGUUGGAUUGGAUGUGUUUGAAGAGGAGCCGAAGAUCCGUCCGGGUUUGCUGGAUAAUCCUAACGCGGUGUUGCUGCCGCAUAUCGGGACGUCGACGUGGGAGACGCAGAGGGAUAUGGAGUUGUUGGUGCUGGAGAAUUUGAAGAGUGCGGUUGAGGGGAAGGGGCUGGUGACGGGGGUGCCGGAGCAGAGGGGGUUGGAGCACCACACUACAGCAACAAUGCUCGGACGGCUCAAGCAGUCUUUGCGGCCAUGCCGCCUGCUGAAGCUCCCGGCAGAACUGCGCAACAAUAUCUGGCGCCAGGCAUGCGAACCAUGGGACUCAGAAUCUCUUGCAGAAACUCCGCCACCUAAUCUCGACAUUUCGGGACUCGCACGCAACUCCACAUUUCGCAGACCACGGCCAUCAAUUACGCGCACAUGUCGUGAGAUCCGCGAAGAGGCCUUAUCACUAUUCUACGCCUUCGGUACUUUUGUUAUCCAUUCUCCACUAUCCUUUGUGCCCGAGGCCCAACUAGAGGCGCCCGCUGAGACCUGGUUCAAGGCCAUCGGCAAGCGCAUCCACCAUCUCGAGCAGAUCACCCUGGUCACACAUCUUCCCUGGAAUUUGCACUUCUGUCUCGCCAUAAUCAAGCUCACCAUCGUCAAAGGAGACAUCAAGUUCCAGGUGAUCUGUCUACGUCACCACAAUGAUGAUGACGACAAGGGAUACGUCACACAGCGCAGCUCACGUGCGGACGAGCAGUCCACUCUCCUCGAGGCUGCUUUUGCAAAGCCUGCUCUCACUCGGUCAGCAAGGAUCAAGGCACGGUCUCCCGGUUUCGACGCACACGAGUGGGUAUCCAUCCUGCAGAGGCUCGUUCACUCCAUCGAGAAGAUGAACACCAUCAUCAACUACCUCGAUAUCAUAGUCUCCUCUCCAGGAGACGUCCUUUCACCGUAUCCAUGA